GGUGUGGCAAUCGGCGAGCCCCAGGCCCGAGCCCCCCGAAAGCCCCAAAAAAGCAGCGCUCGCGGCAGGCGCGCCGAGUGUCGCCCUCGCGUGGCGCACUCGGCAACCGCGGGUCAGGUCUUUUACCCCGUUGGCGGCGCACGGGAGGAGAGGCAGACGCACGGAGCAGGGACACGAGUCCGAGAGAGCGGUGCGCGAUAUGACGCCGGCCGCCAAAAAGAAGGGCAAGUACGACGCCAAGUUCAAGCUGCAGGUGAUCCACUUCGCCGAGCGGUUCAGCAACCGGGCCGCGGGCUCCAAGUUCGGCCUGAACGAGUCCACCAUCCGCGGCUGGCGCAAGGUGAAGCGGGUGCCCAGCGGCGCGCUGGUCGUCCCUGCCGCCUCGUGCUGCGCGCUGCCCCCGCACGCCCCGGCCCCGGCCGUGGCCCCGAGACGGACCCCCGAACUUGCCAACGCGCUACCGCACGAGCCGGCACGUGCGGACGCGAUCCCGGCGCCCGCCGACGGGCCGCUCCUUUACCGGAAGUGUGAGCAGCCGCGCGAGCCGGUGGCCGCCGCGGCUGAGCCGGCGUCUCCGCCAACUCCGCCGCCCGCGCGGACUUUCCUGCCGACGGUGCGGCCCAGCGGCCCGCGCCGCGUGCUCGUGCGACGCUCCCAGCUGAUGACGGACGGCGGGUUCCCCGAGCUGACCGUGCCCUUCACCGUGAUCGCCGAGAAGGCGCUCCGGGCGCUCUACCAGCAAAAGCAGCAGCACCACGUCGUCGCGCAGCACGAGUCGUCCUACCAGGCGCCCCACAUGGGAGGCGGCUGCGUGACCACGAACCGCGAGGUGUUCGCCAGCUUUUUGGGACUGACACCCAACAGACUCGUGGACAACGUGACGUGACGCUUGCGCGUGCCCUUUUUUGGGGGGAGUACGGUGAGGGGGGGUCCGGAGGGGACUUUGGCACAGGUCGUAGUCACGUGGUCACUUGUGCCAAGUCGGCUGUCCCGCGGGGACGUUUUGCGAGAUUGCUAACGACGCGAAAGAAGAUAUAUGAAGAAAAAAAACACAUAUUUACGCGCGCGAACGGUUCACUACUUACAACACAACAAGUGCAAUACUUUCUUUUAUAUUUCUUUUUUAUUAUUAUAUGCGAGGAAGCGAUCAGCUUUCGUGCGCGAUCGCACCGGCAAAACUCGUAGACCGGCGGUGAGGGACACUUACUAACUGUAUGCCUACGCACGUGGGCAACAAAAUCUUUCGCGCUCGCAAUCUCAGAGAAAUGCAUCGACACGUGCCACGCUCCAGCUCGGGUUCUAUCUUUCAAACAAGAGCAGAACCGGUAAAAAAAAAACGUAUACUUAUAUAUUUAUAUGUAUAUACAUGGUUCGUAGAGUGGUUCUUGUAUUGCAGCCAAACCUUUUCUGCUAGCUCUUUACAAACAAUCGCACCAUCUUGCCUUUUUGCCACUUGUUUUCCUGAAGUCCAAUCCUACGCUGUGUCGUGCCCCACAAUGUAGUCCGGCAUUUUUACAAUGCAAUAUUAUAGACGAAUGGUUUUGUUAAUGGGACAAAGUACCAAAAGCCUGAAGAAAUCUGUUAAACUCUUUGCUCAACUUUUUGCUUGAGUGUUUGCACGACAAGCACUGACGUGUCCCUCGACUAGUAUGUAUCUUUGCCCAUUUGGCUUCUAGGUGCUAUGGUGGGACGAUGCCUCGAUCCUGCGUCUUCCUCCUUUGAGCAGUCAAACUGCCUUCAUUUCUUGCCUCCUAUCUGUUUUUGUCGGAUAAUUCGAGUCUUCCAUGGGACAUUCUACAUUCCAGCACGCCUGUCCCUCCCUCACAACGAAGCGCUCGUGCAAACCUUUGUUUUUUUUUCUUCUCGCGCUGUGAAGCGCGUUUCAUAGUCAAACCGACGUGUCUUUGUCUCCUUACUGCUGUUUUGCCAGCUGUGCAAAUCUCACAAGUGCAUUAAAAGAGACUGCUAAAA